AUGGUAACUAACAGAAAUAUGUUUCAUUCCAUAAAUGAUGUCAAUGAACUAUCGACAACGGUGAAAAUAGGGAUCAGAAAUUGGCAAAAUUCCAAUUCAUCUGAGCUGUUGAAUUUUCUUUAUAGAAACACUGGUAUCAAUUUGCAAAAUGUUGUAAUUGAAGGUCCAUUAAUUGUUGGGUAUGUGCCUAAUAGAAUUCAAGCUGAACAUAUCAUAAAAUGUGAUGGUAUGCUAUUUUUUGGAGAUAGAUUAAGGGUAAAAAUAAUGAGUGAACGUGUGCCAUCUACGUCAAAUACAAUAGAAGUUUUAAGAAAUGUUAUCUUGAAACGGUAUGAUAUACAAAAAAAAAUGCUCAAUCUGGAAAAUUUAGAUGGCGAUCAAGAUUUGAUUCGAAGGGGGAUGAUGUCUAAUGUGUCUACAAGAUCAAGAACUUUUCCGGCAUUAAUUAAAAUUGCAUCAGAAGAACCAAAUAUGAUAGUAGAAAGCAUAAAUCUAGCAAAUAAUAAAUUAAGAGAUAUAAACAUGAUUUCUACUGUACCUAAAUAUUUUCCCAAUUUGAAAAAUUUGUGUUUGGCUAAUAACCAAAUAACAAGGACUACAGUUUUUCAAAUAUGGGAAAACAAAUUUUUAAGUUUAAGGGAAUUGUUAAUGUUGAAUAAUUCAGUAACUAAAUAUCAUGGUUAUAAGAAUGAUAUGUUAAGAUUUUUCCCCAAAUUAGUUAUUUUGGAUAAUAUUAUUGUGAGAGAUCGAAAUAAAUUAAAUUCAAUAUAUAAGUUCCCCAUAAAAAUUCAACAGUUUUUUUUUGAAAACGAUCAAUUAAGUUCCACAACUGGUGGAUUUAUAACAAAUUUUUUGAACUAUUGGGAUACAGAUAGAAAUCAAAUAUUACCUCUAUAUACUAUAGAUUCUCAAUUUUCAAUGGCCUUAGAUAGCUCUGUUCCCAGUAGUAGCGUAAAAACAACUGAUCAGACACCUUCAUUCGGGUAUUAUAUCCCUAAUUCUAGAAAUAUAACAAAAAUUUCCAAUAGUACGAAAUGGCAGGCCCGUUUAGCUAAAGGUCCAAGUGAAAUCUUAGCAUUAUUUAAAAAGUUACCUAAGACUAAGCACCACUUGCAAGAUAAACCAGAGGAAUAUAAAAUGGAGGUUGUAAAAUUCUCACAAAUUAAUGGAAUAUUGAUAACACUACAUGGAUAUUUUGAUGAAGUUGAAAAACCUGAAAAUAUAUCAAGUGGUAAUAGUAGUAAUGAGAUGGUGAGAACAUCAUAUAGAACAAGGAUGUAUACUGGUUUGUAUAAUAAUAAUAAUAGUAAUUAUAACUUUAACACAUCAGUGAAUACAAAAUUAUCUAAAAAAUGUUUUGAUAGAACAUGGGUAUUAGUGAUGAUAAAUAAUACAUUUGUUAUAGUAUCAGAUAUGGUAACUGUUAGAGCAUUUUCAAGUAAUACAUGGUCAUCUCAAAACAUGCCACAAUUACACUCUAAUUCUGUAAUAAAAAUAGAGGAGAUACCAAAUAAAACAUUGAAUCCAUCAUUCUCGCAGAUUAGAGAUUCAUCUGGAAUUAGAUUACAAAUACCACCUAAUCAUAAUCUAUUGCCAUUACAAAUUGAUUUACUGCAAAAAUUACAUGAUAUAACAAAACUAAAUUAUCAAUACACCUGCAUGUUAGCUGAGCAAAGUAACUGGAAUUAUGAUGAAGCAAUUAAAAAUUUCCAAAUGAGUGUCAAUAACCUACCAAGAGAAGCGUUUACUCAAUAA